UGAGCCUCGCCCGCCCUGGUCUCUGGCUCUACACCCACCCGCUCAUCAAGCUGCUCUUCCUGCCCCGCCGCAGCCGGUGAGCCUCUCCUCCCUCCCGGAACGGAGGGGUGGGGGGCUCCGGCGGAGGUGAGAAGGCGGAAAACAGUCCGCGAUUCCAGAGGUGGAUCCCUCACUCCACUGCCCAACGGAGAAAACUGAGGCUUCAGGAAGGCGCCCGGCAGGGGGUCUUUCCGGGCGCAAGGAGCGAAGUCCACCCGCCCCUUCCGCCCAGCCCAGGCUGAAGAUGCCCCCACCCCAACCAGGUGCAAGUUCUUCAGCCUGACGGAGACCCCCGAGGAUUACACGCUCAUGGUGGACGAGGAGGGCUUCAAAGAGCUGCCCCCGUCCGAAUUCCUACAAGUGGCUGAAGCCACGUGGCUGGUGCUGAACGUGUCCUCCCACAGCGGGGCAGUGGUGCAGGCUGCUGGAGUCACCAAGAUCGCUCGUUCAGUCAUCACACCUCUGGCUGAGCACCACGUGUCUGUGCUGAUGCUGUCCACUUACCAGACAGACUUCAUCCUGGUGCGGGAGCAGGACCUGUCUGUGGUGAUCCACACCCUGGCCCAGGAGUUCCACAUUUACCGAGAGGUGGGCGGGGAGCCUGUGCCUGUUGCCAGGGAUGAUUCCAGCAAUGGCUUUCCCCGAACCCAGCAUGCAGGGCCCAGCCCCACUGUGCAUCCCAUCCAGAGCCCACAGAACCGGUUCUGUGUCCUCACACUGGACCCUGAGACCCUGCCAGCCAUUGCCACCACCCUCAUCGAUGUCCUCUUCUACGCGCACAGUGCGCCCAAGGAGGCAGCCGCUGCCAGUCCUGGAUCCAGCUCCAUCACAUUCUUUGCCUUCUCCCUCAUUGAGGGCUACAUCUCCAUCGUCAUGGACGCCGAGACGCAGAAAAAGUUCCCCAGUGACCUCCUGCUGACCAGCUCCUCAGGCGAGCUCUGGAGGAUGGUGCGCAUCGGCGGACAGCCCCUGGGCUUUGAUGAAUGUGGGAUUGUGGCCCAGAUUGCUGGCCCUCUGGCUGCGGCUGACAUUUCUGCUUACUACAUCAGCACCUUCAACUUUGACCACGCUUUGGUGCCCGAGGAUGGUAUCAGCAGUGUCAUCGAGGCUCUCCAGCGACGGCAGGAAGGCCUGGGCCCCUGAAGCCAAGGAGAAUAUCAGCUACGUGCUCUCCCUCUGGCCCUGAGGCUUCCAGAGACUUCUCUAAGCUAUUUCCUCAAGCUCUGGAAUGAAACCCUACUCUGUCCCCGGUUCCAGCCAGGGGACCCCUGGUUCUGCCCUCUGCAUAAGCUGCGUGCAGGCACCGGCUCUCACGUGGACAUGCGUGUCUGCCCACGCAGGGGAACACGGUGCUCAGGCUUCCUGCUAGGAAGCCCCCAACCCACACUCCCUGCGCGGCCUGGGCGUUUGCACAUUCCCUGCCCAAGGUCCGAGCCCUCCCCUCCCUCUCAGCAUCCUGGCCGCCUGCCUUCUGGACAGGCCCAGGUCUCCGUUCUGCCGCCGGCCGGGUGGCCUUCCCUGGCCGGGUGAGUUCUGACAGUGCCUCCCCUCCUGGGGUCUCCAAGAAGUAUUUCUAGAUCUCUCUCCUUUUUUAUCAUCUUGUUAAUAAAGAUCUUGUAGCGACUGGGCUGGGUGGUGGUUCCUGGGGGCUGUCUGUGCCUCCACCACGGCUGCUCUGCCGCUCCUCAGGGCCCCUCUCUGAGGUUCUGGGUUCCCCCUGUUAACUGGCUUGAGGCUGGGGUCUUACCUCACUCAAUUCUUCAGGGAAACUGCCACUGUUGACCAUGUGAGGAAUUAAAGCUUUGA